AUGCUUCUUGCAUGCGGUGCCAAGGUGAAUACGCAGGACGAUUGGGGGGAAACACCUCUUCACGCUGCAAUUGCAGCGGAGCAGCAGGAGUUGGUCACGAUGCUUGUAGAGGCUGGGACUGACACUUCUCUCAAGAACAACGAGGGAAAGAGUUGUGCUGAUUUGAUGAUUGAGGAGGGACACAGAGAUAAGUCGCCGUGUCGUGAAUACCCCAGGACCCGGAACAUGUGUUCUUUGCCUUCUGUGGCGUGGUGCUGCGGAGAUCAGCCUGAUUGA